UCUCUUCUUGACGAGGUAGUUGACAAAAAAAAUUAAUAAAAAAAAAGGUCUGCCAUUUUCCAUCGUUGCUGUAAUUUUUGAAUUUUAAUAAAAACUUAUUGUGUAUCGAGUGUCACUCGUCAGUGAGCCGCCACAAUAAUAAGUGUCAAUUAUUAAAUGUCCUGUUUUUUAAACUAAAAAAUAUUAAAUCGACGUAGCAACAGCCCAAGUCGCACAUUGACGCGACAACUACAUCAGCAAAAUGAGCUUCCUAUUUGGAAGCCGGUCUUCUAAGACAUUCAAACCCAAGAAAAAUAUUCCUGAGGGGACCCACCAGUAUGAUUUGAUGAAACAUGCGGCUGCGACACUGGGUUCUGGCAACCUGAGACUCGCUGUCAUGUUACCUGAGGGAGAAGAUCUUAAUGAGUGGGUGGCAGUUAAUACUGUAGAUUUUUUUAAUCAAAUAAAUAUGCUGUAUGGUACCAUCACGGAGUUUUGUACUGAAGAAAGCUGUCCGAUAAUGUCAGCUGGACCAAAGUAUGAGUACCAUUGGGCUGAUGGUCAUACUGUUAAGAAACCAAUAAAAUGUUCAGCGCCCAAGUACAUUGACUACUUGAUGACUUGGGUUCAAGAUCAGCUUGAUGAUGAAACUCUUUUUCCUUCCAAAAUAGGUGUUCCUUUUCCUAAAAACUUUCUUUCAAUUGCUAAAACAAUAUUGAAACGACUGUUUCGAGUGUACGCGCACAUAUAUCAUCAACAUUUUAGUGAAGUUGUUCAAUUGGGAGAAGAAGCACAUUUAAAUACAUCAUUCAAACACUUUAUUUUCUUUGUCCAAGAAUUUAAUUUAAUUGAGAGACGAGAAUUAGCGCCGCUGCAAGAGCUAAUUGAAAAAUUAACUGCUAAAGAUGCGCGAUGAAUAAUAAUAAAUAAUAACGAAAAAUAAAUUUUUAUUUUAAAUAACAAGUGGAACAAAUAUGCAAAACCUCCAAAGAAACCAACUGCAUCAUUAUCUCCUGGCUAUUUGCGUAUUAUUUUUUAAAAUUUAUAUAAAUCCGAAAAUUUGCUAGGCAUCGUUUCCGAUAGGUUGUUGAUAUUUAUACGCUUUUGCGCUGCACUUGAAUUCUGUAAUCAUCAGUCUGCAAAGCAGGCUUUAUUUCGUAGAGCUUUUAAUCCGAGACGUAUCAUUAAAUAAUAGUAGUUAUUAUUAUUAUUAAAAAAAAUAAAUUAAUAAGUAACAAAUGAUGAAUUUUUUAGCGUUAGCAUAAUUAUUAAGAAUUCGUUAACGUUAUUCUUGUAAUAUAGUUGUAUGGUUAGAUUGUUUUAAACGUAAUUACUCUCUAAUUAAUAUUAAAAUAUUACUUAUACUAUAAUUUAUUACCAUUGUGUGUUUUUUAAAACAAUAUUUUUUACUUUUAAGUAUUUUAAUUGUUUUUAUUUUCUAGACUAUUAAUGAUACCGGGUUUUAAAAGGAUAGGCAUUAAAUUUAUCCUGUAAGGGUAUUUAGUUAUUGUUUUAUAUAUUUUUUUCAAUACAUUUUGUUUUUAUAUUAAUUAAUUAAUUAAUUAAUUCUAGAUUAAUUUAAAUAUAUAAUGAUUUUUUUGCAUUUUGUUGACAGUCAUGCACAAAUAAUGCGUACCGCUAGUGUAUAUUUUAGAAACAAUUUUUUUUUUAAUUAUUAUUUAAUUAUUAACUGCCUUUAAGUUUUUUAUUUUAUAAAUAAUCUGGUGCGCAUUUAUAUCUGAGAUUAUUUUUACGUAGCGUAAUUUAUAUUUUAACGAGAAAAAAAAAAUCAUGUAUUUAUUACGAGACGAAUGUCGAUAAUAAAAAAAAAAAAUAAUGUGGAGAAACUGAUUCUGAAACUAGCCGACGUCUAAUAAUUUUUUUUUAAAAACGAUAAAUUAAAAAAAAAAUGUUUGAAAAAAUUGCAUCUAUAGUAUUUUUGAUUUUCUACAUGUGCAUUUUUUUUUUUUUUUUCUUUUUAAUUAAAUUGUUGGAAAAAAAAAUUCGGAAAUUGUUAAUUGUCUGCUAACUUCAGGAUCAUUAAAUAUUCAGUUUAAAAAAAAAUUAUACAACAAAAUACUAGAUAUCUUUCUGUACGUCUUUUAAAUACUUGAUCACGGUCAUGCUAAACAAGAAACAAAAAAUAUAAAAAACCUUACUAUUAUAUUAAUAAUAAUAAUAAUAAUAAUAAUAAUAAUAAUGAAAUAUUAUAUUUUAUAUAUAAAGCUUUUGCGGAUGAGUAAUUUUAAAAUGCAAAUUUGAAUACGAUAAUGACUAAUGUGAAUAAUUAUUUUUUUGUAUUCAAACUCAUAUUUCAGAUGCCCGUUAAGUGUACUUUUACCUGUUUACUAUUAAAAAAAAGUGAAUUUAACAAUUUGUAUACUAAUAAUAAUUAUUAAUUAUUAUUGUAAUAAUAAUGAGUACUUAAUUAAACAAGACGCAAUGGAUUGUCACGUAAGGAUAAGCAUUAAGAAUAAGUUAUUGUUAUUAUUUUAGAACGUCGUCACUUAAACACUGAACUCAACUAAUUUUUAUUUUAUUUUAUUUAUUUAUUAUUUAUAUUGACAAUUAAUACACGACAAAUCUCUGCUUGAGAUGAUUUAAAUAAUAGUAUAGUUUAUUUUUAUCAAAAUAAAAAUUAAUGUACUGAUAGGAGUUAUAGUCCUGAUGUAUUCCCGCUGGAAUUAUACUAGUAAAAUCAAAAAAACUUUUAUUAAUUGGAGUGACUGUUCUAAAAUUAUAAAAAAAUGAAAAUGAGUUACUUGCGUCUUCUGAAGGCAAGUAAAUAAAAUAGAGGCUCAAUGGUAUGGGAUAGAAAAAAAAUAUGCGUCAAGUUGCUUAUCUUGUGUAAAAACAAAUCGUUAUUUCGCGUUAACGAUAAUAGUGAUAUCUGUGCAAUGUAAAUAGUAUUUUUUUCAAAUAAAAUUAAACAAUGGCUCGAUGUAA